UAGAAAUGAUGGAAGAAUUGCAUAGCCUGGACCCUCGACGGCAGGAAUUAUUAGAGGCCAGGUUUACAGGGGUUGGCGUUAGUAAGGGGCCACUCAAUAGUGAGUCUUCCAAUCAGAGCUUGUGCAGCGUGGGGUCCUUGAGUGAUAAAGAAGUAGAGACUCCUGAGAAAAAACAGAAUGACCAGCGAAACCGGAAAAGAAAAGCUGAACCGUAUGAAACUAGCCAAGGGAAAGGCACUCCUAGGGGACAUAAAAUUAGUGAUUACUUUGAGUUUGCCGGGGGAAGCGGGCCGGGAACCAGCCCUGGCAGAAGUGUUCCGCCAGUUGCACGAUCCUCACCGCAACAUUCCUUAUCCAAUCCCUUACCGCGGCGAGUGGAGCAGCCCCUCUAUGGCUUAGAUGGCAGCGCUGCGAAGGAGGUGGCGGAGGAGCAGUCGGCCCUGCCAACCCUCAUGUCAGUGAUGCUGGCGAAGCCUCGGCUGGACACGGAGCAGCUGGCGCAGAGGGGAGCUGGCCUCUGCUUCACCUUUGUUUCAGCUCAGCAAAACAGCCCCUCUUCUACGGGAUCUGGCAACACAGAGCAUUCCAGCAGCUCCCAGAAGCAGAUCUCCAUCCAGCACAGACAGACGCAGUCUGACCUCACAAUAGAAAAAAUAUCUGCACUAGAAAACAGUAAGAAUUCUGACUUAGAAAAGAAGGAGGGAAGAAUAGACGAUUUGUUAAGAGCCAACUGUGAUUUGAGGCGGCAGAUUGAUGAACAGCAAAAGAUGCUAGAGAAGUAUAAAGAACGAUUAAAUCGGUGUGUGACAAUGAGCAAGAAACUCCUUAUAGAAAAGUCAAAACAAGAGAAGAUGGCAUGUAGAGAUAAAAGCAUGCAAGACCGCUUGAGAUUGGGCCACUUUACCACUGUUCGACACGGGGCCUCUUUUACUGAGCAAUGGACAGAUGGUUAUGCUUUCCAGAACCUUAUCAAGCAGCAGGAAAGGAUAAAUUCACAGAGGGAGGAGAUAGAAAGACAACGGAAAAUGCUAGCAAAGCGGAAACCCCCUGCCAUGGGACAGGCCCCGCCGGCAACCAAUGAGCAGAAACAGCGGAAAAGCAAGACCAACGGAGCUGAAAAUGAAACGUUAACAUUAGCAGAAUACCAUGAACAAGAAGAAAUCUUCAAACUCAGAUUAGGUCAUCUUAAAAAGGAGGAAGCAGAGAUCCAGGCAGAGCUGGAAAGGCUAGAAAGGGUUAGAAAUCUACAUAUCAGGGAACUAAAAAGGAUACAUAAUGAAGAUAAUUCACAAUUUAAAGAUCAUCCAACGCUAAAUGACAGAUAUUUGUUGUUACAUCUUUUGGGUAGAGGAGGUUUCAGUGAAGUUUACAAGGCAUUUGAUCUAACAGAACAAAGAUAUGUAGCUGUGAAAAUUCACCAGUUAAAUAAAAACUGGAGAGAUGAGAAAAAGGAGAAUUACCACAAGCAUGCGUGUAGGGAAUACCGGAUUCACAAAGAACUGGAUCAUCCCAGAAUAGUUAAGCUGUAUGAUUACUUUUCACUGGACACUGACUCGUUUUGUACAGUAUUAGAGUACUGUGAGGGAAAUGAUCUGGACUUCUACCUGAAACAGCACAAAUUAAUGUCGGAGAAAGAGGCCCGAUCCAUUAUCAUGCAGAUUGUGAAUGCUUUAAAGUACUUAAAUGAAAUAAAACCUCCCAUCAUACACUAUGACCUCAAACCAGGUAAUAUUCUUUUAGUAAAUGGUACAGCAUGUGGAGAGAUAAAAAUCACAGAUUUUGGUCUUUCCAAGAUCAUGGAUGACGAUAGCUACAAUUCAGUGGAUGGCAUGGAGCUAACGUCACAAGGUGCUGGUACUUAUUGGUAUUUACCACCAGAGUGUUUUGUGGUUGGGAAAGAGCCACCAAAGAUCUCCAAUAAAGUUGAUGUCUGGUCAGUGGGUGUGAUCUUCUACCAGUGUCUUUAUGGAAGGAAGCCUUUUGGCCACAACCAGUCCCAGCAAGACAUUCUACAAGAAAAUACUAUCCUUAAAGCUACUGAAGUGCAGUUCCCGCCAAAGCCAGUAGUAACACCUGAAGCAAAGGCGUUUAUUCGACGAUGCUUGGCCUACCGAAAGGAGGACCGCAUCGAUGUCCAGCAGCUGGCCUGUGACCCCUACUUGCUGCCUCACAUCCGGAAGUCGGUCUCCACAAGUAGCCCUGCUGGAGCCGCCAUCGCAUCGACCUCGGGGGCGUCCAAUAACAGUUCUUCGAAUUGAGACCCACUCCUAGGCUGCAAACUGUUCAACACACACGGCGCGGACAAAUGGCAUUCAGCAGCGGGUUUGGAACAUAGCGAAAUCCGAAUGGAUCUCAUGAAACCUGUACCAGGUGCUUUUAUUUUCUUGCUUUUUUCCCAUCCAUAGAGCAUGACAGCAUCGAUUCUCAUUGAGGAGAAGCCUUGGGCAGCUCUGGCCAGGCCUCGUAGGAAAAGGCCCCGCCCGAGGUUCCGGCGUCAACGGCCACUACGUGUGGCUGCUCUGAGUGAGGAAAAAAUGAGAAAGAAAAACUGGUUCCAUGUACUGUGAACUUGAAAACAUGCAGACUCAGGGGGGUCCCUGAUGCAGUGCUUCAGAUGAAGAAUGUGGACUUGAAAAUACAGACUGGGCUAGUCCAGUGUCUAUAUUUAAACUUGUUCUUUUCUUUUAAUAAAGUUUAGGUAACAUCUCCUGAAAAGCUUGUAGCACAAAGGCUCAGCUGGGGAUGGUGUUUGACUUCGGAGGAAAAAAGUUGCUAUUGCCCGUUAAAGGCACUAGAGUUAGUGUUUUAUCCCUAAAUAAUUUCAAUUUUUAAAAACAUGCAGCUUCCCUCCCCCCUUUUUUAUUUUUGAAAGAAUACAUUUGGUCAUAAAGUGAAACCCGUAUUAGCAAGUACGUGGCAAUGUUCAUUCCAGUCAGAUGCAGCAUUCUCCUCCGUCUGGUCCCCUGUUGCAACUGCUUCCCUCAUCUCAGUAGGGAAAACGUCAAGUGGCAGGACUGAGAUGUGUGGGGCUUUGCCACUGGACAGAGAAGGAGGUUAGAAGCCCGCAGCUUGGAGUCUCUAGGUUUUCAACUACUUCUUCACAAUUUGAACACUUGACGGUUGUCCCUUUUAAUUUAUUUGAAGUGCUAUUUUUUUAAAUAAAGGUUCAUCUGUCCAUGCAGUCCUCUUGGAUUCUCUGAAUAUAGUAACUAUCAAAAAACUGUUCCAGAGGUAGGCAGAAAAUGGGCCAGGGAGCCAAAUACUCCAGGGAUCAGGAGAUCCUACCCAGGAGGUCCCACCUGCGGUCUCUGUGUGCUUGCUUAAAUGGUGUACCUUUCUUGUUAACCACGAUAUUAAAACUUGACCAGCUCGUAAGCUUUCCUCUGUUAGAUCUUUUGGCAGGAAACAACCUCCAACCCUCUAAAUUUUGUGGGUGUGUGCUGAUACGUGUGUCUGUGUGCGCGUGUGCACACACGCUUUGUCAACUCACCUGAAUAGAUUGAUCAAGUGGAGUUAAAAAAUAACUGCAGGGAGAUAGGUAUUUUGAAUAUGAACAUUCUUUUGGAACUCCUGGUUUUUGUUCUGUUUUGUUUUACAUUUGGUUGUUUCUGAGCUGUGUGAUCAGCUGAAGACGGAGCUGAAGUGGGAGAUGGGUGGCCCCACCGUGCCCUUGAAACAGCAGAGCACUUGACAGUAGAGAGGGGAGGAAGCUGGAGCCUGAGCAUGUGGUAGCCAGCUUGGAAUGUUUCUGACAUAUGUGGCAAGAGAGCUCAGCCAGAAAUAUUUAAAGAUGCAGCGUUCAGGCGUGCGGAAUCCCCAGGCAGGGGGAGGGCAGUCAGGAAGGGUAGAGAGCCUCACAUAACUCUAGUCCUAGUCUUUCAUGUGUGGAAAAUGUCACUGGUGACACUUUUGCUGGGACUUUUGUUGGUUUAGUGGACCUGCUCUGCCCCAGUCUCCCGGGUACCGGGAGAUCUUAAGGGAGGAGGAGUAAUUCCCAGCUGGAGAGACGUUUGUGAGUAGAUGCGGUCUACGGAACUCUGAAUGGAAGGAAGUCAGCCCAGGAGCCCUCAGUGCCCCCAGCUUUCCGUUUUAUCGUCACAAGUGUCUAUGCAUGGGUUGUACACAUGAUCUGUGUCUGUGUGUACCUUUUUUUUUUUAACCAUUACCUUUAAGCUGUUUAAACAGAGAGUCCUUACGGGGUCUCAGAGGUUGAGCAUGACCCUGAGAACCCUGAGAGGAUGGUGUCCGCGCACGUGAAGAGACGGAGGAGGCUAGACUUACUCAGAGUAUUAUGUCCUCUUCCUUGUUUUCUCCUUCUCAUGCAGUGAUCUUGCAAGACCUUUUUUUUUUUUUUAAAGAUUGAAAGAAUGCCGUAUCUUUAAACCUUCCCUCUAACUUCCCGCCUCCUUCUCCCCGUGGGCUUGUGAGUGAAGCUGCAGGACUUUAUCUGCCUUUUCUCCCCUUGCCCUGAAGAAGGUGUAUCCCCUCUCUCCUCGCUUCCCUUGGGUCUAGGGCCUGGCUGGAGCUGACUGGGCUCGCUCAAGUCUGGACAAGGCCUCUUUCCACUCCAUGGACUAGCCCCAGAGAACAUGCGGAAUGCUGACUUUUUCUAGACUUUUAAGUAGCCAGUGAAAUCACUAAGUGGGGUUCUUCCAUGACAUAUUUUGUUAAUAUGGGUUUCACUUUUUCCAAGGAUAAUCCCUUUUUGCCACAAUUGAUUUACUUUAAACAAUGACAAAAAAAAAAUGUGUAUUAAUUUGUAAUUAAACCCAGCCAGACUGUUUUGGACUUUCCCAACUUGGGGGGCGGGGUGGGGAGGAUAUUAAAAUAAGUUUUAAGAA